GCCGCCAUCUUUGUUGAGGGCAGUCGGCAGCCGUGGGAGGGAAGAGGCGGCGGCAGCAGGAGAUGCCCAAGUCGUGUGCGGCCCGGCAGUGCUGCAACCGCUACAGCAGCCGCAGGAAGCAGCUCACCUUCCACCGGUUCCCAUUCAGCCGCCCCGAACUGCUGAAGGAAUGGGUGCUGAACAUCGGCCGAGGCAACUUCAAGCCCAAGCAGCACACGGUCAUUUGUUCGGAGCAUUUCAAGCCCGACUGUUUCAGCGCCUUCGGCAACCGCAAGAACCUGAAGCAGAACGCGGUGCCCACGGUGUUUGCCUUCCAGGACACGGCACAGCUGGUUAGGGAGAACACAGACCCUGCUGGUCAGAGGAGUGAUGCACAGGCACCGCCGGGGCAGGACUUCUCAGAUGCAGGGGCUGGGGAAUACACCCCAGGAAGAAAGAUGGAACUUCCACUUGACAAGCACCAGCUAUCCCCAGAUGCUGAGGCUUCUGAGAAAGAGGUCUCCUCUUACAGGACAGAAGAAGUCUCGUCCCGCCUCUUGCCCACCAGUCCUCCGAGGCAGAAAGGUUCAUUUCCCCUCCCAGCAUCAGAUCAUAGCUAUGCCCUACUGGACUUAGACGCUUUAAAAAAAAAACUCGUGCUCACACUGAAGGAAAAUGAACGGCUCCGCAGGAGGCUAAAGAUACAGAGGGUGGCGAUGAGAAGGAUGUCCAGCCGCCUUCAGGCUCUCCAGGAGGAGAAGAGGCGACAGAAAGCCGUACAGAGAGAAGAAGAGCGACCCGUAGCCUGAGCCCACAGAGCUCCCUCCUCAGAAGAUGGACAGCGGCCCGUAGCUUCUUCCAGGGCCCCACUGCCACCAGCAAGGUGCUUUCAGUACUUUGGGAAGAAAGACUAGCAACCCAGGAUGUGGCAGAGGAAGGAGUGUUGGGGCAGUAAAGUAAGCAGAGGGAAAAAACCUCCCUGCCGUGUUGGGUCAGAAUGAGGAAGAGUCUCAAACAGAUUGAGUAUGAUUCCAUCCCACUGUUUUCUUGAGGUAAACCUUCCCUUAGGAUUAGUGAGUGUAUGAGGAGAUACCAGUGUGACCUAGGCUGGAAGAAGGAUGCUUUAAUUCAAGGGGAUUAGCUAGACAUGAUGGUGGAAGGGAAAACCAGGUGGAUCUCUUUUGGAAAGCAUGGAGAGAUCCCGAGAGUAGUAUUUUCUGAGGCUACUCCCAACCCACCAUGGAGUCUCCUGCCUCAGCAGGCACACAGAGGUCUGUCUGGGUUGGGUUUGCCGGCCUGCCAUUGCAAAGUGGCAUAGAUUGGACUCAUAUUCCUGCGCCUCCCGCAAGGACUUUGCAGGUUUCCACCCUUUGCUAAAUAGGAAUCAUGAGCUUGAGUUCCCCUCCUUGCUCAAUCCAGGCUAUUGUGGACAUGGGAAGUCUCAAAACUGUUUCACUUUAUACCUUAUAAAGUGGUGGAUGGGGCAGAUACCUCUGACAAAAAUAUUUUAUUAAAAACCCCCAGCACAGUUGAUUGCCCACUGAGACUUCACGAUCCUUGGACCAGGGUGAUGUUCGAUGCUGUGACAGCCUCUUCCUUCUGUCUGUGCAUGCUGUGCUUUGUGUUAACAUCAGUGCCCUCUCUGCAAUAUGGCCUUGUGGGAGGCUGGAGGAAGCAAAAAUCUGCCACCAAGCAUGUGGGGACAAUGUGGUUCAAUUAGAGGGCUGAAAUAAACUGGGAAGGAGCCUUCAAUGAAACCACUGGCCCUUUCCAUGGUCGUGCUUUUGAAAAACAGUCCCAGCUCCAGCUUUCAGAAAGGGUUUAUUAUUGACAAUACAGUGCCUUCUGUACAACCAGCUUCAAACAAAAUGAAGAAAAUCGGUACCUGCAAGAACCAUCUGCAGCAAAGGGGACAAUGGGCUGCUUUAGGUCAAAGAGUCACUAUUCGGCAAAGUUUAUUGCACAAUUUGUAUUCUGGGAAACAUUGUAAAAGUGGGCAUGGAUGUCACAGAAUUAGACAAUCUAGACUGUUUUGUAAAAAUCUGGGGGAGGGAUCAUUACUGAUUAUUCUGAUGCCAAAGCCCAGGCACAGAGAGAGAGCUUGAUUCUAGUGGGGGGACAGAAGGCUGGGCCCCUGUUGCAAAUCAAACACCUGCUCAUGAAACUGCACUUGGGAAAGAGCCACAUGACCCUCCAAGGAGUACAGGAACCAGGCUGAUCCCACAACCAAGACCACAGGCCUGUCUGCUCAUUGGCUGACUACUACAGGUAACUUGGAAGACCAUUCAAGUGGAUCCUAGUCCCUAACACCUGCCUCCACAGAACAGGCAGGUAAAAAAAAAGGACCUUCUAGAGCAGAAUCACACCACCUAAGGGAAGGAGUCAUCCCCAUUUAUCUCAAGCGAGGAGAAUGUGCCCACUGGGUGUGCCCUGGGAGAGUCCUGGAGGAAGCCCCACCCUGCUCACUCCUCUGGGAAGCCAUGGUCACUCCAUUUGGCACCUCUCUACAACUCUGGCCAGUUUUCUCCCCAAUCAAGCUAAUGUUUCUCCCUCAUCUCUCUGUGGCCUUCUCCUUGUCCAUUAAGUGGGCAGUGGUCCCAGUUCUCAGCCAGAGUGGUGAAAACAUGGGAAGGACCCGUGUUUUCCAUGCAAUGUUUGGGGGAGGAGGGUAAAGCUAGUUACACUGGGAGAAAGCCAAAUCCUGGGCCUAGGGAUCACAAUUUUAGUGGUAAUUCUAAAGACAAAUGUAGUGGGAAAGGCAGAGAUGUCUUCCAGAUACAUUAGUUGUUCUCAGGUAACAAGCAUUCAGUAAAUUCAGACCCAUCUGUCUCCAAAUCCCCUUUUCAGCCAUCACAAGACGUGGAGAUUGUCGGGAGGAAUCUUGUAUGGACUUUCACUCAGUUGAUCGUCAGGAGCACACCAUGGCCUCUGUUCUCCAUUUGGUUUGCAGGAAGCCCCCAGAAGUAAGGGGAGGGUGCAAUGUCCCAUACGCACCUCAGGAAAGAACCCUGAAAUUUGGGGUUGGUGGGCCACUGUCAGCUCAGAUGCUGGAGGACCUGCUAGAAGGACACAGGGCUCUGUGCCCCGGGGCCCUCUUCCCACUAGGGCCACACUCUGUGUCCACAGGCUCCUCGAGGAAACAGACAUCUUGUCAGCUUUGUGGUUCCAACCAAGGGCAGCACUGCCUUAGUACUACAGUACCCAUGAAAGCUGGGGUGUUCAUGUGUCCCUUCACAUAAUUGGUAAAUGACCUUCUACAGGAAUAAUACAAAAUAAAAACAUCUGUAGGUUUCUGUUUC